AGGGUCGAGGAGGUGGAGGAGGACCAAGGGGAGGACGAAGAAAGAAGUUGGACCCUGCCCUCCAGGGUCUCAUGGGAGAAGCUCAUCUCAGGUUUGCACGUGGAGAUAUAGAGAACGGGAAGAAGAUGUGCCUGGAGAUUAUCAGGCAGGAUCCGUCCGCUCCGGAACCUUUCCAGGCCCUGGCAAAUCUAUACGAGGAGGGAGAUGAGAUAGAGAAGGGUUUACAGGUAGAUAAUAUACGAGGAGGGGGAGGAGAUAGAGAAGGGNAGGAAAAUUGGACUUCUGCAAGAAGUUCCAAUAUUAAACGAGUCUGUAGACCCUUAUUCCCUUUUUUUGAGACAUCCUGUAUAAGUAAUUAUAUAUAUAUUCAUAUAUAUUUAGCUCCCCCUGACCCAGACGAAUGGUCUAGAUUGGCAGAUAUGUCUCUUGAACAGGGAGAUGUUCAACAAGCCUGCUUCUGCUACAAAAAAGCUCUGGAAGCGGAUCCCUGUAAUUCUAAGUUCUAUUUUACACGCUCAAAUUUACUAGAGCAGCUUGGGGAUAAAAAAGCAGCUCUGCGCUGCUACAAGAAGCUGCUUCAAAAUUUGAAGGAGGACCAGGGAGAAGAGUUUCUACAGGUAUUUUUAAGGCAUUGUUUGGUCCAGUUCACUUGUGAUAAUUCUGAUGUUAAUCUUGGUAAUCUUGAACCUGAAGAACAAUUAGCAGCAUUCACAGAACUGGUUGUUCCUGAGAACCUCCCGGCGGACAUCAAGAGCAAGCUCAUCAUUAUCCUCGUCAACCUCAAGGCCAAGCAUUUAACCAACGACUUGUUGGAUACUUUCCUUGAAGCUGAUCCAGAAGAUUUUGGAGAUUUGAUGCUGGAUAUAUCGGAAGCUCUAACAAAGAACAAGGAGUAUGAGAGCGCGCUUCUAUUCCUGAGAAAGUUGGUGGACAGUGAAAGGUAUAGCGAGGCUGCAGUUUGGUUACAGUUCGCUGAAUGUCUCCAGGCAGCAAACCGGUUAGAAGACGCAGAAUUAGCUUUCAAGCAGGUAUGUAUAAACAAGGAAGAACUCCACGCUAUAUCCUCGGCUAAGAAGAUCUCUAGUAAAAAUCGUGCACUGACCGAGGUUAGAAACUUUAGACGAGAACCCUUAGAUGAAACCGAGACUCCAGAGUUUGAAGAAUCAAGUACCUGUGUAAACCUAGAGGACGAGUUUGCAUUGUUCCGUCAGGUUUGUGAUAUUCUCUUCCAGCAGGAGAAAUAUGAUGAGUUACAGAGACUUGUUUUCUCCGCGCUGGGGUCUCCGGUAUUCGCCCGGAGUCAGGAGAUUCAUAAGGAAUGCGAGUUCUUGUGCUUGUUAGGUUCUUUUUUUAACGGAGAUUCCUACCAUGCCUACAAUUCUGUUCGUGAUCUUAUAAUAAAAGAUGUCAAAAAUUCAGCUAUUUGGAAUAUGUUUAACCUAGUAAUAAUGCGCGCAGAUGAUGUUCGUCACAACCGGUUUCUAAUGCGUCUAAUGUCGCGUAACCCCGAGAACCUGGCUCUGGGUAUACUUAAUGGGCAUAACUGCCUUGUUGCUGGUACAUAUAAGUAUUCGUUAGGAGAGUAUAUGUCGGCUUUUAAACAGGAUAGAUCUAAUCCCCUGAUUGCCCUAAUGCUGGGAUUAACCUUCUGUCACAUGGCGUGUCAGAAGUUUAGCGGCAAGAAACAUAGUUUAGUUGUACAAGCCUGUGCUUUCUUGAAUACCUACAAAGAGCUGAGAGGGGAAUGCCAGGAGGUUUACUAUAACCUUGGUAGAUCAAUGCAUCAACUAAACCUGCUCCCAGCAGCACUCUUCUACUAUAAGAAGGCCCUGGAGCUCGGCCCAUCCGUCCCGGACAGCUCCGAUACUAUAUUCGACCUGAAACACGAGAUUGGGUUCAAUAUCUCCUUGAUCUACCAGUCUUCAGGGAACCUUGAGUUAGCUAGGAUGUAUGCAGAGAAAUAUAUUGUUAUAUAAAUUAACAAAAAUUCGAAUUUAUAAAACUGUGAUAUUAAGUACAAACUCUGAUAUUAUUAAGAUGAUUUUUUUAGUUUUUAUUUUUUUUUUAAAGGAUUGUAAAUGUAGUUUCAUUUAUCAUGUUUAGUUAACAACAAUACUCUUAUAUUCUUCAUAUGAGCAAAAAUGAUGAAAAUAUCGUAGUUUCCUAUUUUCUAGUAUCAGACUUUUACAUGAAAAGAAAAUGCUAUGAGACGAGUGGGGAGAAAUUAAAUACAGGGUUAUCUGUAUAGGAUAAUACUGUAAAGACGACCUAAAUUAAUAUAUUCUGUGUAUUUAUAGCAAUCGGUCAAUCACACUGUGUUCCCUUAGCAAUCAGUCAAUCACACACUUUUCUUAACCAGCAAUCGGUCAAUUACACUCUUUUCUUAUCCAGCAAUUGGUCAAUCACACACUUCUCAUUCCAGCAGUCGGUCAAUCACACACUUCUUAACCAACAAUCGUUCAAUUACACUCUUUUCUUAUCCAGCAAUUGGUCAAUCACACACUUUUCUUAUCUGGCAAUCGAUUAAUCACACACUUCUCAUUCCAACAAUUGGUCAAUCACAAACUUCUCAUUCCAACAAUCUGCAAUCACACUUUUCUUAAACAACAAUCGGUCAAUUACACUCUGUUCUUAUCCAGUAAUCGGUCAAUCGCAUCGAUUAAUCGCACUCUUCUGUUAUGCAAUUAAUUAUUAUAAUCAGUAAUUUUUUUUCAGA